GGCUGGUACCAGGUCACUGGUCACCUCCGGAGAGCCCUGGGCCCGCACCUGGCCAGGUCUGUCCUUCUCUCAGCCCUGCCUGGUCUAUGGGAAGCAGAGAACUGAGAAGGCAGGAUUCCAGCUCCCUGGUCCUACUGCCAUGGCUCGCCGAUCUCAGAGCUCCUCCCAGGGGGACAACCCCCUGGCCCCGGACUACCUGCCCCCCCACUACAAGGAAUACUACCGGCUGGCCCUAGAUGCCCUUGCUGAGGGGGGAGCUGAGGCCUACCGACGCUUCCUGGCUGAUGAGGGAGCCCCUGACUUCCUGUGUCCUGAUGAGCUGGCUCAUGUGAGCCGCCAUUUGCAGCAGCCACAGCAUGCUUCCCGGGAGAAUGCCUCUGCCCGUGGAAGUGCCUCUGGAUCCCUUCCCCAAGCAGAUGGCGAUGUGGACAUGGAUGGCUCCUCUGGUACCUACUGGCCUGAGAAUUCUGACUUGGCUGUGCCCGAACUUGACCUCGGAUGGCCUAUGACCUUUGGCUUUCAGGGCACUGAAGUGACCACUCUGGUGCAGCCACCGCCACCUGACAACCCCAGCAUCAAGGAUGAGGCCCGGAGGAUGAUCAGAGCUGCCCAACAGGUGGUGGCCAUUGUGAUGGACAUGUUCACAGAUGUAGACCUGCUGAGUGAGGUCUUAGAGGCAGCUGCCCGACGUGUCCCUGUCUAUAUCCUCCUCGAUGAAAUGAAUGCCCAGCACUUUCUGGACAUGGCCGAAAAGUGCCGGGUCAACCUGCAUCAUGUGGAUUUCCUUCGGGUUCGCACGGUCUCCGGCCCCACCUAUUACUGCCGCACAGGAAAGUCCUUCAAGGGCCAUGUGAAGGAGAAGUUCCUGUUGGUGGAUUGUGCUGUGGUGCUGAGUGGGAGCUACAGCUUCAUGUGGUCCUUUGAGAAGAUUCAUCGGAGCAUCGCUCAUGUGUUCCAGGGAGAGCUGGUAUCCAGCUUUGAUGAGGAAUUCCGCAUCCUCUUUGCUCAGUCUGAGCCAUUGAUCCCUGCAGCUGGGGCCUUGGCCCUGGCCUUGACCCAUGCGGACACUUAUGCCCUGACUCCAUAUGGGGGACCAGGGCCCAUGAUGGGGGCUCCUGUAGGAGGACCAGGGUCCUUCUUUCCCAAGCGUGCCCACUUGCUGUUCCCACCACGUGAUGAAGGCCUGGGCUUCCCCUCCUUCUUGGACCCUGACCGUCACUUCCUGUCAGCCUUCCGCAGGGAUGACCUACUUCGGCACUCAGGGGGUGCAGGAGACAUGCAUGGGCUGAGGAUGUUCUCACGUCGGCCUGGCAUGGAGAUAGAAGCUGGCCAUGGUGGGGAUCCCAGCACUCGUGGCUUCCUCCGUUCCAAGCAUCUAGAGAUGGAAGCUGGGCAUGGUGGAGACUCUGGUAAUCGGGGCUUCCUCCGUGCCAAACAUCUGGAGAUGGAGGCUGGCAAUAGUGGGGACCCCAGCUCCCGUGGCUUUCUCCGAGCCAAACAUCUGGAGAUGGAUGCCUUCAAGAGACAUACCUUUGCUGAUGGAGCCAUGGAGAACUUUGCUGCAUCCCGCCAGGUGUCCCGUCAGAUGUUUGUUACCCAUGGUGAUGACUUCCGCUUUCAGACUAGCCACUUUCACCGUGACCAGCUCUACCAGCAACACUACCAGUUUGAACCCCAGUUCACAGCUACCCGGCCUCAGGGCUUGUUUGAGAAGCUGCGCGCUGGACGUCCAGGUUUUGGGGACUCUGAAGAUUAUGGGAUAGAGGGGAGCCCCCGUUUUCCAGAGUUAGAGCCAGGCUUUGGCUCUCACCCUGAGGGCCCUGGUGGACACCUGAGGCUAGACUAUGUGCCAUCCAGUGCCUCAAGGGAAGUCCGACAUGGUUCUGACCCUGAACCCCGUGGACUGGAUCCUGGUGCCCCACAGCGUCCUAACAUUGGGCAAAGGUUCCUUUGCCAGUCAUCACCUACACAGAAGCAGAGUUUGGACCAACGGUGGUUCCCACCAGAGGCUGAACCAGAAAUGGAACCCAGCCGGAAGGGUGGGGCUGAGGGCCGGGCAGGGCUACGCAACUGGCGUAUCUCCUCCUACCUCAGUGGCUGCCACUCUGAUGGUGGAGAUGAGGGUCUGCCUGGCCCCAUGGAGGCAGAAUCCUAUGACGAAGUCCUGGGUGAUCCCCCUGGCCGCUAUCCCUUACCCACUGGGGACCUGCUCCCCUCCUCUUUCAGGACUGGGGGGCCCUUUCCCCCAAAGGCUGUAGGUGGGGGGGAUGGCCCAGAGCGAGAGGUGGCUGAAGGGGCAGCUUUGGUCAAGCAGGACUCAUUCCGCUCCCGCCUUAACCCCCUGAUCCAGAGAAGCUCCCGGCUUCGCUCUUCCCUUAUUUUCAGUUCAUCCCAAAAGGAAGGACCUGGAGUUGGGGCUGGUGCUGGGGCCACAAGUGAGAAAGUACAGCUCUUCCAGAAGGAGCAGACAGUCAGUGAGACAGUGGGCGAGGGUGGUGAGACAGUGAGGACAGCCUCUUCCUCCAAGGUGGCAGAACUGCUGGAGAAAUACAAGGGCCCGGCCCGGGACAGAGACCGGGAUCGGGACCAGGAUAGGACGGGUGGUUUGGUCACUGUUAGCAAAGCAGCAGUGUCACAGUCAUGGCGGGAAGAGACCGGGACGGGUAGUGGGGGGACCGGGGGGGAGCGACGUAGUCUCGAGAGCUGCCUGUUAGAUCUACGUGACUCCUUUGCCAGUCGGCUGCAUGAAGAGGCUGAGAGACAGCCAGGUGCAGCCACUCUGAGCGCUGCCCAGGUGCUUGACACCCUGGGUCGGGGUACUGACAGAUUGCCCUCUCGAUUUCUUGCCUCUGAUGGUAGGGCUGCCCUGCCCCAGGGCAGGGCAAGUCCUCCACUUGAGAGGAAAGGAAGCCCCACACCAGCCUAUCCAGAGAGGAAAGGGAGUCCUGUGCUUGAGAAGAGAGGGAGCCUCACAUCAGCAUUUCCAGAAAGGAAGGGGAGCCCUGUGCCACCUGUCUCUGAAAGGAAGGGAAGUCCUACCUUGGCCUAUCCUGAGAGGAAGGGAAGCCCCACCUUGGCCUAUCCUGAGAGGAAGGGAAGCCCCACCUCAGCCUAUCCUGACCAGCGGAACAGUCCCUUACCUGCAGUGCCUGAGCGGAAGAGUAGUCCUAUACCCCCUGUGCCUGAGCGGAGGAGUAGUCCUAUACCCCCUGUGCCUGAGCGGAAGAGUAGUCUCACAUUUGCUGGGGACCCCCAGAAGACAGGGCCCUCCGGGGAGGAAGAUGCUGGCCGACCAGAGCCCAGUACCAUGGAGUUUCUGCGUAAGGGCUCACUUCGCCUGAAACAGCUGCUGAGUCCCAAGGGGGAGAAAAGGCUAGAGGAGGAGGGUGGCUCCUUAGGGCCCCAGGAGAAUGGGCAACCUGAGAGUCCCCACCGACUAUCACGGGGGGAUAGCCCAGAGGUAGGGGCAGAGGAACGGGGCUCCAGGUCUCGCUUGGGCUCUGCCACAGCUAAUGCCCUCUACAGUAGUAACCUUCGAGAUGACACCAAGGUGAUACUGGAACAGAUCAGUGCUCACAGCCAGAAACAUCGUGGUGGGGCCGGAUCUGGGGCUGGAGCAGGGGGUGCAGCCCACAGCAGCCCAGAGCUAUACCGUUCACCUGCUGCUGCCCUGGAUGCCAGCCGGGCCCAUGAGAUGUCUGACAAGGACAAGUGCUCAGCCAUCUUCCGCUCAGACAGCUUUGGGGGCCAGAGUCGCUUCAGCCGUACACUCCCGGCUAGCCUAGAAGAACGAGAUACCCUGCUACGAAAGAUGGAGAGUAUGCGGAAGGAAAAGCGUGUCUAUAGUCGCUUUGAGGUCUUCUGUAAGAAGGACGAGGCUGGGGCAGGUGAGGCUGGGGCAGGUGAAGCUGGGGCAGGUGAGGCUGAUGCUAGGGACCGCAAGGUGGGCAAGUUCAUGCCCAAGAUCUUAGGCACCUUCAAGACCAAGAAAUGA